GUACUCGAUGGCACCGAGUUUCCAUGCCUCUAAUAGAGGUUCCUUAAUUGGAUGGUCCAACCAGUUCACAUGUUUUUGGCACUUAUUCCUGUUUUUUCUUUUUCUGGGAUAUGUCUAUUUUUGCCCUUAUAGUUACCUAAAAAAGAAAGAGAUUAGGUUCCUAGCCUUACUGGGGCUUUCUUUAUUUAUCUUCUAGGGUUCUUGUAGGCUUCUAGCUCAGAAAGAAAACAAAGGAGGGUAAUCAAAAUAUCAAAUCAAUCAAUCAAUCAAUCUCCAUGGUUUCUUACUAUCCAACUAUCCAAGCAUCAUCGUAGGGUUUCUGGAUAUUUCUCAGAUUCUCUCCUCUCUUAUCUCCCUGAGAUCUUCCACUAAUUUGUUUUCUCUUUCUGUGCUUUGUCCGCCUAGAUUUCCUUAACCUUAACCCCUUUCUAUUUUUAGAAACUGUGUCUGGGUCUUGCACAGCAGUUCGUCAUCUUUGGUUUUAGAUCCAGAGUUUAUCCGGUUUCAGUUCGGUUUUCCAUAUAAUCUUCCGUUUUCUUUUCUGGGUUUUUCCUGGAAUCGGCUUUAGGUGCAAGAAAUGGUGAGGGGGAAAACUCAGAUUAAGCGCAUAGAAAAUGCUGCAAGCAGGCAAGUGGCUUUCUCCAAGCGAAGAAAUGGGCUGCUUAAGAAGGCCUUUGAGCUAUCAGUUCUAUGCGAUGCUGAAGUUGCACUGAUCGUUUUCUCUCCAAGAGGAAAGCUGUAUGAGUUUUCGAGCUCUAGUAUAAGCAAGACAAUAGAACGCUAUCAGAAGAGAGCCAAGGACCUGGGAUUCAGCAGCAAAGCUCAAGAAAACAUCCAGCCUGAGAAGGAAGACGCUCUAAGCUUGGCAAAGAAAAUCGAGUUUCUUGAUGUAUCUAAACGAAGACUCUUGGGAGACGGUCUGGAAUUAUGUUCAGUUGAUGAGCUACAACAGGUAGAGAACCAGUUGGAGCGAGGCCUAAUUAAAAUUAGGGAAAGAAAGAAUCAAUUAUUCAGGGAGCACAUUGAGCAGCUAAGGAAGCAGGAGAGAUGCCUUCUGGAUGAGAAUGCAAAGUUACGUGAGAAGUGUGGCAUGCCACUGUCACUCUCAUCAAGCGAACAGCAAGAAGUGGUUCACAGAUCAAGUGUGGAGGUGGAAACAGAAUUGUUCAUAGGGCCACCCAAAGGAUGAAGUGGAUUGGAUUGGCUGUAAAUCAAAUUAAGCUACCUUGAAUGAAUGCAAACCUACACCAAUUAGAGGCUUCAUUACAAUAUUAGUGAAGCCUAGCUAAUAAAUUGUGUGAAUCUACGUACGUACGUGCUCUGACAAAAGGGUCUGAGCCAUAUGGAUGUGUUGCUUGUCUUGCCAAACUACUAGUGUAGAAGAGUACAAGGGAGGAAUGCUUUUUGUGUAAGUAAAUCUUUUUCUCCUCUACUUUCUGCUUCAACAUGUUACAUUUGUCUAUGUCUUUGUAUUUUUAUGGGCAUAUGGACAUUUUAUUUGUUA